UCUCCAGCCCACGGAAAUGUGUAUCGCUUGACACCGAGGAGCCUCCUUGUCUCUGGGAGCUCACCAUCACCAAACAGAAGUUGCAGAUAUAAACUCCCCAUGUGUUGACAGAAGAAAUGACACCUGUAAUGGGAUCUUAGCAUCUACUAUCACUUCUAACAGUCCAUCUAUAAUCUCGCCUGCAGCGGAUGCUGUCUAGCAAGACACGGGGAUAAGUGAUGACUUCCUAGGAGCUGGUGUUCGGUGUAGCAUGUCUGUCAGCUAGCAGAAAGGGGACAGAUGUGCCCUGUGUUUGUUGGAUGGAGGGAUGCGUGUACAGCUGGGAGCAGCAGGAGCACGGCAUGGCCCUGUGGGGAUAGGUGUGAAGGUGGUUCCCCGUGAGGACACAGCGCGACCCCCCCAGACCCCGGAGGAGCGUGGGUUCUCACUGGGAAGAGGAGAGCUCCCCUUCCUGCCCUGCCAGCCAGGUCUGCCUGGUGCCCAGGCACCGACUGCGUUUCCAGAGAUCUGUACCAGGAUCUGGGGCUCGGAGCCCAGUGCUGUAGGAUCGCUGGAGACCCUGACAACAAUGGGGGACCCGCCACGGAGGAGGGACGUCCCUCGAGGAGGCCCUACACUUCUGUGAGCCCUGGCUGCUGGUGGCAGAGGCUGCCUGGGGCUGGGCUGCUCGGCCAGCCUGGGGCCGGGGGCAGAGCCGCGGUGCUUGCAGGGCACGGCCAGCGAAGGGCGAAGAGCUGGGGACAGGGUCUGCAGGGGCAGCCCAGAGCCCCAGGAGAGCGGGGCUGCCAGCUGAGCCGCUGCUUCUCUGGGGACCUCUUCCUGGGGCUAGGAGACGGAGCAGCCCUUGGUGCCCGGGCUUGCCGCAGAUGUCUCCCCGUGCCCCGCCGGCAGGACUGCUCCCCUAGUGCCGGCGCGGAGGGAGGGCCGCUCGUCUCACCAUGGUGCUGCCGCCGCCCGACAAGCGCCACGUCUGUCUCACCACCAUCGUCAUCAUGACCAGCAUGGCCUUUAUGGACGCCUACCUGGUGGAGCAGAACCAGGGGCCCCGCAAGAUCGGCGUCUGCAUCAUCGUGCUAGUGGGGGACAUCUGCUUCCUCAUCGUGCUGCGCUACGUGGCAGUGUGGGUGGGGGCGGAGGUGAAGACGGCCAAGAGGGGCUACGCCAUGAUCCUGUGGUUCCUCUACAUCUUCGUGCUGGAGAUCAAGCUGUACUUCAUCUUUCAGAAUUACAAAGCGGACAAGAAGAACCUGGAGACGGUGGCCAGGAAAGCCCUGACCCUGCUCCUCUCCAUCUGCGUGCCAGGGCUCUACCUGGUGCUGGUGGCCUUGGACAGCAUGGAGUACAUACGGACCUUUCGGAAGAAAGAGGACUUGCGGGGUCGCCUCUUCUGGGUGGCUCUCGACCUGCUGGAUAUCUUGGACAUCCAGGCCAACCUGUGGGAGCCGCACAGGACUGGCCUGCCCAUCUGGGCAGAGGGGCUCAUGUUCUUCUACUGCUACAUACUCCUCCUGAUCCUGCCUUGCGUGUCCCUCAGUGAGAUCAGCAUGCAAGGGGAGCACAUUGCCCCGCAAAAAAUGAUGCUCUACCCUGUCCUCAGCCUGGUCACUAUUAACAUCGUCACCAUCUUCAUCCGGGCCAUCAACAUGGUCUUGUUCCAGGACAGCAGGGUCUCCACCAUCUUUAUCGGCAAGAACAUCAUCGCGAUCGCCACCAAGGCGUGCACCUUCCUCGAGUACAAGCGGCAGGUGAAGGAGUUCCCCCAGAAUGCCAUCGCCCUGGAGCUCCAGCAGAACUCCCUCUCCCACAACCAGACCAUCCACAGCGUGCAGGGCAUCCCCCACGAGCCGUCGCCCACCAGCGAGAUCCUCGACACAUGAGGGAUCACCCCCAGCCGAGCGUUGGUUCAGAUAGCCCCGCGCCGAGCGGAGGAGGGAUGCUGCUCUCUUGCUGCGCGGGGCAAGGGUGACAGACAAAUCCCGGCAGCGAGGGCUCUUCUAGGCACAAAACACCGACCAUGUUUUAAUUGAGCUAUGGAGUGUCCCCUAGACGUCUUCAUCUCAGGUAUAACCCUAGGAGCCCUCCAGACAAACCAAAUGAACUUGCAAAGGACCUGAACCAGCUAACCCUCUCUCUCCCUCCUGCCACCAUCUCCCCUCCUGAGCAAAGACCACUAAGGUUGCAAUGUCCCUUUUUACUCCUCAAGCACCUCACCUUUACUCCAAGCCUGGAAUGAAGAUUUUUGUUACCGGAGACCUUUUUAUGGAGUGGGGACAGGGUCAUAGGUGUACGGGUUGGGGGGGGGAAGGUGGGACUUUUGAACCAGUAAACCCUGUGAUUGUAGAUGUCUCUUAUCUCCAAUGGUUGUGUUUACAGUUUCCUAUUUAUAACGGCUCCCGUCAGCUCCCGGGCUGCCCCGGGGGCCGGUGUCCUUGCGGUCAGCGGUGGGCGAGAGAAGCAAGCCCUGCGGCGGGGAGCAGGGCCGGGGGCCGGCAUGUCUCCCCUGCCCCGGGACGAGGAGGACUGCGCCUCCACCAGCGCGCUACGCCGACUCUGCCGGGAGCAAUAUUUGGCAAGCUAAAGCUAAUCUAAUGCUGGUGUUUUAUGUAUUUCAUUCACUCCAAACAACUCAGCACAAGAUUUCUAUUUUUAGAAGGGUCUCUCUGUCUCUCUCCCUGCCGUUGCAAGCCUCCCUGCCUGCAGCAGCCGGUACAGCCACCCUGGCCCCACGGGCACUGCUGCAGGCAGGCACGGGCACCCAGGAGGGCUUAGUAAUAAGGAUGGCGACGAUGCAUUUCACUCCGGCAUCGAGCGUUUAUAAAGAGGGCUGCUUUCCACAGCUACUAUAUUUUUAAAAUAAAAUCUUUCAAAAAAAAAAAAAACCCAAAAAAGAGCCGGGAAGGAUGUGCUGCCCCAGGCAGGCGGCUGGGCUCGGGGCUGGGCACGGGUCCCCUCCGCCGGUGGGUGCGGUGGCGAGGGGCUCGGCCGCCCGCGGGCAGCGGGGCGGGAGGCGAGGGCCAGCCGGACAAUAAAAGCCCCGUGAGAGCAA